CGUUCUAGUAUUUCCGUCGCAGAGACCAGCCGGCUGUGUCAGUCAACACGCAAAUUGUGAACAGCAAAACACCCAAAAUAUACCUCACCUCACAGCCCCGUGUAGGCGAUCAUUUUCCUAAUGACCAGCCAUGGAUGAUGAGGACAGCCAGGAUGAACUAAUUAACAAGAAUGCAUACCUAGGCAAAGGCAAAAGACAAAGUGCCGCCAUACUCAGUGAUGAAGAUGAAUCAAGUGAUGAAGAUGGGGACGAACUUGAAGAAGGAGACACAGAAAGUGAAGAGGAAGAGGAGGGUGGUGAUGGUGAUGGUAUAGAUGAUGAUGAGGAAGAAGAAGAGUAUAGUGACGAUGCUGAAGAAGAUGAGAUUGAAGGAGCAGAGAAGGAGUUACACGGAGCAGUCGGAGGGACAGAGACUAAGUUUGUUGGCCUGAGUUCAGACGAAGAUGCUGAAAACUGCCCCAUCUGUCUCAACACUUUCCAGGAGCAGGCCUUGGGAACUCCGGAGAGCUGUGCACAUUAUUUCUGUCUCGACUGCAUCUUGGAGUGGUCAAAAAAUGCUAACUCUUGCCCUGUGGAUCGAAUCAUCUAUACAAACAUCUGCAUGAGAUCCAGCUUUGGAGGGAAAAUCCUCAAGAAGAUUCCUGUUCAGAAUCAUGCUGCUGCCAAUGAACUGGCAGAGGAGGACCACACACAGUGUGAGGUGUGUGGCAGAAGCGACAGAGAGGACCGCCUUCUCCUCUGUGAUGGGUGCGAUGCUGGGUACCACAUGGAAUGCCUUAACCCUCCACUGAAUGCAGUUCCAGUGGAGGAAUGGUUCUGUCCUGAAUGCGCCGUUCAAAAUGCACCUCAUGGUGUGGAAGAGGUGAGUGAGGAAGAAGUGGCCACCCUAGUGGCUGAUGCAGUGCCCACCACCAGCCGACUGCGCACUAAUACAAGGAGGACACGAGCUAUUGCUAGGACUCGUCAGAGCGAGAGGGUCAGAGCCACUGUCAACAGGAACAGGAUCAGGAUCACACAGGCUCAGACAGCACAGCAUGUUCCCAGGUAUCUGAUGGAGUCCUCCUUGCUUGAUGAUACAAUUAACUGUGUUGUUGCUGGUCUCAACACGGCAGUAUACGUUCGUCCUCUAGCACCACGAGCAGGAACCACGAAGAAAAGGAAAAGAGCUAAGAGAAGAAAAACCUCAAAACCCCAAUGGAAAACAGCUAAAACUGGAACAACACAAUCUACCACAGAAAAAGGCACUAAAAGACGUAAGCGCCGAAUUAAGAGAAGACGUUCCAAGAAAAAAUGGCAGGUAAGAAAGGACACAACUGCACGUUCCCGUAUUGCUAAAAACCUGGGGAUUGGUAAGCCACUUCAUGGGCUCUCAGUUCCGUCUGUGUACAGACAAGUGGAUGCUACCUUGGGAGGCAUGAGGUCAGAUAUUGGAGCGGCACCCCUGUCAGUCUAUGGAAACCCAUUUCAGCUGGAUUCAUUUGAUGACAGUGUGCCUACAGAGCAGCCUGCAAGUUCCUCGUCACCAGUAGAAGUCAAGAGAAAAGGUCUUUCUCAAUCUGCUCUCAGAUCACAUCAGCCAGUAGCAAGGCCUAUUUCAAUUGGACUUUCAAGGGGAGGGUUAAGUAUCCCAGAAGCUGAGGCAAUUGCAGAGGCAGCCCCGGUACCUGACCUAUUAGGAAGUAUCCUGUCAGGACAGAGCAUGCUACUCAUGGAUAGUUCUGACGUUUUGAUCAACAGAGAUGGCUCUUUGAAAGUCAAAAAUCCUGUUGUUACUUCUUUAACUACAUCUUUCAAGAGAAGUGGUUCUCGAGAUGGAGAGACAUCAACAGAAAUUUACAGUGGACAUUCAUCUCUCUCAGGAAGAAGUGCCUUUAGCUCCAGUGGAGAAACUGAGAUGUUAGACCUUAAUGUUAAUUCAAGACCACCUACGUCUAGCUUAUUUGGUUCUAUUGGUACUUUUGGCUCUCACUCCUUACCAUCAACACCAAAACCGUCUUCCCAGCCAGAACAUUUGUUCAAUUCAAGGCCAACCACGUCAGUAACUGUAUCUGUUAGGCCAACGACUUCAGUGACUCCAAGACCAAAUAUGACACACAGCAUUGCAGAUUCUCAUAGUACUGCUCUUCAAACAGGAGGGAGCAGUAUAAAAAAUGCUAGUGCUCGAAGAGCAAUGUCCACUGUGCAAUCUUCUUCACAGAACACGAAUGGUAACUCUGAAUUGCAUGCAAAAAGUAGCACAGGUGCCGUCAGAAGGAAUCCUCCAAAACCUGUUUGGCUUGAUGUGUCUGAACUUCCUAGAAUACCAAAGAUUAAACGAGACAAUGCUGGAGACUCGCAGCCAAGUGGUAGCAGAAAUAACGGCAUACCUGAUUCGUGCAUGAACAGAUUGAUGGGUAAUGGAGAUGGUGAUAAGAGAGCAGCCCAAGGAUCAUUAAGAGGUGAUCAGAGCAAAAGACAAAGGCAUGGUCCUGGAAGCUCUACAUCUACCAAUUACGGUGGCCAUGCAAGGUCAGUGUCUUACAGUUCCCAGGGAAGUACAGGUUCUUCAACUGUGAGCUUUAGGAUAAAUACAAGUGGAAAUUUGUGGCAUUGUAGGAGACUUGCUAACACUGAUGCUUUCAGUAACGCUAGUAAAGAAAAACGUAAUUUAUCCCCUUCACAUUCAGAGAAAAAAGAAAAAAAUAUAAAAAAUGAAAUGUAUGAUCCUUUUGAUCCCACUGGCUCUGAUUCUAGUUCAUCUGGUAGCAUCUCUGAUAUAUUUCAGAGCCCUUCCUCAGAAAGUGAAACUGCAAGCCAUAGUGUUCAAGAUUCAGUAUCUCAGGAGCAAGAAUUACAGACUACAAACUUAUUAGCUUCCAGAUACAUUGAUAAUCCUGAAGAACUUCAAGUUAAAGAGAUGGAUUUGGAAGGAGGAUCAGAUUUAGAGGAACAGGAUGUAUUACCUUGCACUGAUGCUUCUAUGUCAUCUGGAGAUGGUGUAAAAAAUGAACAUGUCUGUCUGAGGUCAAGUAAUGACCCUUUACCAGAUGGAGGUAAGGGUGAUACAAGUGACAAAGCCAAUUUGACAGAUGAUGAGAUAUUUAGUAAAAUAUCAAGUAAAGUGCAUCAAAAGGAAGCACAUUCGCACUCACGAUCCAGCUCAGCAUCAAGUACUAGAAGUGAAAAGAAAUUUAAGAAGAAUAGGAAGAAGCCUGUUUGUGAAGAACGAAAGUCUAUUGCAACUUCUAGGUUGGGCUCGCAAUCUGCUCAUAGCAAGACACAAAGUUGUAAAUCUGAGGACAGAAGGACUUCUAAAGAUUGUUCCAGAUCUAGUAGUUCAGAGGCCACAAAGAAAGCAUCGACCAAGGGUAAAAGUACGGAAAAAAAGACAAAGCGUUCCAGAUCAAGGUCACAAGAUAGGAGGAGCUCUAGGUCCCAUUCAGCAAGUUCUUCAUCUGGGGUCUCUGAAAGAUGGAAGAAGAGGAGGAGAUCAAGGUCAAAAGAAAGGAAGCAUUCUCGCUCCAGCAGUCCUGAAAGAGCAGAAAAGAAAAAGCCUAAGCAUGAAAGAAGCUAUGAAAGAAAUAACAGUAAAGAGAGGAGGUUAGGAUUAAAGGACAGAAAACAAAGAUCAAGAUCAAGGUCUAGGGAGAGAAAUAAAGGGAGGUCAAGGUCACAGUCCUCACCAAGACCUAAAGAGCAAGGAAGGUCAAGAUCAAAAGAGAGAAUGCAGAGGUCUAGAUCACGAUCCAUAGAAAAGAAAUGUGCAGACAGUGGAGAUUUGUUGCUGUCUGUACAGAGGAAGGGAGAGAAAAUCCUGCUAAAGGCAAGCAAGUCUUCUGAAUCGUCUUUCAACAAAAAAGUUGGGACAUCUUCGAGGGUGACUGUGAAAGAUGAACCAGGCAUCCCAAAAUCUGCACCCCAAAUCAUGGAAAGUUGCAUUAGUGAUAGUGCUGGUCUCCAGUCAAAGGUUAAAUCCGAGCUUGUGUGGUCUGAGGAAGCUAUUUUACAUGAGAACCAGGUCUCAAGUAAAAUAAAUGUUGACAUUGUUUGCACUCACACUGUAACUAAAGACAAAACUAGCAAGUUAAAAAUAGGUAGUGUAACCCAAGAAGCUUUCCAAAAACCAGAAUCCUUUGGUAAAGUAAAGAUUGAAGAAAUAAAGUUGGAAGGCGAUGUCCUCAAUACCCUUGAUUUCAUAAAAAGUAAUGAAGGGGAAGAAGCAAAAUUGUCAAAUUCCAGAGUAAACUCAGAGGAACUGGAGUUGAAAGUGAAGCAGGAAGCAGUCAAGCCUGACUCAGAACCAUCUGCAGUGAUUGCUGGCUCCAAAUCCAAGGAUCUUGUCAAGAGAGUGACCUGGAAUCUGCAGGAAGUGGAUCAGUCAUCCUCUGAAAAGACUACAAAAAUUCCUCUCUAUAAAAUGCAACGAAGAAGCAAGGAAGGUACCUGGAAGGCACCGGAUCCCAGCCAGACGUUGAAUCAGGUGCAGUUAAAUGAACAUCCUCCAACCAAUUACAUGGUUCCUGAACCAAUAUUUUCCGGUGUUGAUCCUUCACAGGAUUCUUCCCAAACCAUGCCCCUGGCCCCUACAGUUCCUCCAGAUUCAUCCUCCUGUGCCCCAAUCAGCCCUUCCCAAGUUAGUUCUGUUGCUGGACAGACCUUCCCACCAGAAUUGAAUGUACAAGCUGGUGUGUUACAGCUUGGAUUGAAAACACCAACAGGAAAAGAGGAAGCGAAAAUUAGCAAAAGCAGACAUGCAACCGACAAGGCAAAUAAUGAAGAAUACAUGAAGAAACUUCACAUGCAGGAGAGGGCAGUGGAGGAAGUUAAACUUGCAAUAAAACCCUUUUACCAGAAAAGGGACAUCACCAAGGAGGAAUAUAAGGACAUUCUGCGAAAAGCUGUCCAGAAGGUUUGUCACAGCAAAAGUGGAGAAAUCAACCCAGUCAAAGUUUCAAAUUUAGUCAAGGCAUAUGUCGACAAGUACAAGCAUGCAAGAAAACACAACGAGGAGUCUAUGGGAUCAAGUUAACGAAUUGAAACAAACCAUGAAGCACUGGACUCUUGAAGGCCAAUUCCACUCCAAAGGAAGCAGUUUUUUAAAUGUUGUUAACGCAGACGUUUAUGGACGUUCAUGUUCUGUUCUACUAACAUUAAAGAUGAAGAGCACUGAAAAUGCGUUUUAAUGUUUGAAACAGGACUUACCCUUUUUACGGCUAUUUUACACAUGUAUUUUCACAGAUUACACCAGGCAAGUAAAAACGUGAAAAGCAUGUUCAAGGUCUAUCAGCCUUCCCAGGGUGCAUUUAUACUGUUGUUUUUGCUUGUUUUUCAGAUGCUUAUUGUGAUGUUCACAACAGCAUUAGGUCAGCGAAGAGUACCAGUAGUUAAUGUCCUCCCUUAUUAAUAGCAGAAGCUGUUAUUCCUCUAAAUUAAAUUCAAUUGUACCAUUAAUUUCUGUAUUCCUGAAAACUGUGUGGGCAGAUCAUAUUAGAAGAUAGGUAAUUUAUGAACAGAAACCAAUUUGUAAUAACGGCCGUGACAUACAUCUGUCUUGGGUCGAGCCCAUCUUGUGCCACCACUUGUCAAGAUUGUCUUUUGGUGCUAUUUUCCAGUCUAUUUUUUUCACUGAAGGGGAUGGAUUCUUCAUGUUUGAAUAUUCUUUAAAAGGUCAUAUCUGGAUGUUAAUUCUUGUAUAAUACAGGAAUGUAUAAAUCAUCUAUUCUGUCCAAAGUGACUCUUCUAUUAAAAGCAUGGCUAUUUGGAGUGAACACUAAGUGCAAGCCUAUUUUAAUCGCCGAUCUUGGCUGGGAGCACUGCACAGGGUGCGGGUAGAAAAAAGGGUGUAUGUACUUUACAUUUUGAUACACCUGGUAAAUACACAAAAUGUUAUAAAAUAAUAGUUUCAUUAUCUUUGUCAUAGCUGCAGCCUACAAAUAUCUCUAGAAGGUACAACACUAUAUAAAGCAAUCCGGAGUAAAUACCCAUACAUUUACAGUGCACAUACUGCAUUUCACUGUAAGGGAUUGCAUAGUCUCAAUUGUGCAGUUAUAAAAGAAUCACAUGUUAUAGCGAACAUU